AAUAUUUUGAAUUCACUAUGCGUAUCAUGCGCGUCACAGAAGUCGUCUUUAUCGACGGUACGGUGAAAAGUGGAAACGGCGGCGCUGUAGCGUCGGCCAGUAGUGUCAAGAUGGCGACGCCCAGUGAACUGUCUCUCGAAGAAAUUCGUCAAUAUUUGUUGGAAAAUGGGGGUACUGCUCGUAAUCACGAUGUAGUGAAGCACUUCAAGAAGUUUUUGACAGAUCCAGAAACGCGAGUCGAGGCACGAAAUCAGUUCAAGGAAUAUGUAAACACCCUGGCUACUAUAAAGAACGAAGAGGGUGAGAAAUAUUUAGUUCUCAAGAAGAAGUAUCGUCAACUUCCUAUAGAUUUGGGGAUUUCGGAUCAAAUGACAUCACCCAUAAAUAGCCCUGAUAUAUCAACUCCGCUUUCUCCUUUACGAGUUCCGCCACCUUACCGACCACCACCUCCCGCACCUCUUAGUCCUCCGACCAAUAAUGCGAACCGCGAAGAAUCGUGUUCGAAUUUUGACCGUGAAGAGGCCGCUAUUAACGCGCGGAAAAAUGGCGUCGAAAGCGUCGAGACAGGAUUUUCAACAACCUCGCCUCCUGUACCACCACGUCGUAAAAGUCAAGAUAAAGUCAAGAUGGAAAAUAAGGAGAAUGUCGAUAGAAAUAGGGGAGGAUCGGAGGCAGUUAUCAAGGAAGAUGAGGCUGUCGCGACGAAUCCGGGCUCAACCGAGCAAUUAAGCUUCCGCGAGCGGAUGCAACGUUUCAACCGGAUGGCUAGCGAAACCGAUCUCCAAGGCAGGCCUAAUGGCACUAUCACACCUACUAAAAAGCGAUCUGACAAGGGCGCCGACGAGGAUGACAGCGCUUCCGUCGCCUCGCAACUGGACGGGAAGUCACGGGAGUGGUUGGUCAGAGCGGCGCAAGGGGAUUAUCAGGCUUUGGCGAAAUUGGCCGCCGAAGAACCUCGCCUCACCCGCCUCAAGGACCCGACAUCCGGUUAUACGGCGUUGCACUGGGCGGCCAAGCACGGGGACGAGAAUAUCGUCAAGUUGAUCGCUGGCACCUACAAGGAUUACAUCAAGAGUGUCAAUGAAACUUCGAACGGGGGGUACACGCCGUUACAUAUCGCGAUGCAGUUCGAUCAUGAGAAUAUCUUCAACCUGUUGGUCCAAGUGUACGCUGCGAACCAGGAGAUACGGGACUACAGCGGGAAGAAGGCGAGACAAUACUUGGUCUCCCAGGAGGCCGCUGUCAGUCAGGACACCUUCCGCAAGAAAGAUCUUGGUUUCCUGCGUAUUGGCUCGCUGAACGUACGCGUGAAACGCACGACGGAAGCGUUCAGCCAGUUCCUGGGUGUGGCAACUAGCAGCGCCAGCAGCAACCACGAGAAGAUACACAAGAGUUGGGGAUCGGCGGAUAAUGUGCAGUUGGAUCAAAAAAUGAUGCCGCCACCAAAGUACGCGCCUAUCAAGAAAAGAAGAAGUCGCCGUGCUCAGGAUUUCAGCUCGUCGCGGGAACACCAAGCUGCCAGUCAACCGACCACUCCGCUUCUUCAAGGGAAAGUUUCUCGAUCGAGUCAACAGAUGCAUCGCCGACCAACCUCCACGACAGCGGUCGGUUCUGCCGCUUCGAAAACGCAACAGAACAACGACUCGGAUUCGGAUACCGCAUGCGGAUUCGAUUCCGCGUGGAGAGGAUCUGCGCAAUUGUAGAAUAACUCCAACGCGACAUCUGUCGCGAAAACUUGAGGCUCAAAUGCAGCGUUUCUCGAUCUUUUUGCCAUU